AUGGACAACCAAAGAGCAACGUUCCUCUUAAAGAGUCAAUUUUUAGAAAAUAUUGUCGAUUUAAUAAUUGAUGGAGACUUUGAUCAGCCACUAAUUGAUGGUGAAUUGUUUUUGGAUUGUCUUGAAAGGAUGAUAAAUUUGGAACAUUUAUCAAUUUCCUGCAAUAGUAUUCGUAAGGGAGAGUUUUUACAAAAACUGGAACAAUUGAAAUCAUUAAGAAUGAGUAUGAAUUGCAUGAAUAUUGAAUCCAUAAAGCUACCAAAGCAAUUGACCUGUCUUGACGUUGAAGAAUGUGGAAUUAAUGUUGACAGAGCAAGUACAAUUAGCCAAUUAGAACAAUUAAGAUACCUCAAUGUUAGUAACAAUGAAAUUGGGAUUGAGGGAAUGAGAUUGAUUAGUAAAAUGAAGAAUUUAGAGACUUAA